AUUGUGACAUCACCCCAAGGGCCGGGGAAGGGAAAUGGCUGCAAGUGGACUCAGCUCAGAUGCCCGUGACCUUCGAGGAGGUGGUUGUGUAUUUCUCUGAGGGGGAAUGGGCACUGUUGGACCUGGGUCAGAGAGCUCUGUACAGGGACGUCAUGCAGGAGAAUUACAGGAAUGUGACCUCGCUGGGUUUUCCAAUUCCCAAGCCCAGCGUGAUCUCCCAGCUGGACCGAGGGGAAGAGCUGUGGGUCCCUGAUCUCCAGGGGUCCCAGGCUAGAGAGAUCCAGAGAAACAUUCCCAGAGGUGAUGAGAUGGUGAGUGAGAGCAGUGAAGAGAAUCCUUGUCCGGCAGGUCCUGAGCAAAUGGAACCAAAGGGGAUGUUGCUGGGAAGGUGUGAAGGGGAUGAUUCUCAGAUUCCUGGGCAAGGACAAGCCCAAGAAACACAAUGCAGACCAGAGAAGCAGCAGGGAAGCCCCCUAGAGAAGACAGUGGGUGAAUCCACUUGCCAAGGGGGAGUUUUGGAAGAACCUAAUGAGGCCAUGAUCCAGCCGAGAACCUGCACUAAGGAGAAGCGAUUCGAAUGUGCUGAGUGCAGGAAACGCUUUAGUUGUAAAGAACACCUUGUUAGACAUCUGAGAGUCCACACGGGAGAGACCCCCUAUCACUGCCCUGAGUGUGGGAAACAAUUCAAUGACCAAUCAAUCCUUAUUAGACAUCAGAGAACCCAUACAGGAGAGAGACCCUAUAAGUGCCCCAACUGCAAAAAAUGCUUCAGUCAGAGGUCAGGCCUUAUUACACAUCAGACAGUCCACACAGGAGAGAAAUGCCAUAAAUGUCCUGACUGUGGACAAACCUUCACUCAGAGAGGGCAUGUCACUAGACAUCGGAGGACUCACACGGGCGAGAGACCCUUUGGAUGCCCAGAGUGUGGAAAAAAGUUUGCUUCCACCUCUGACCUUAUUAUACAUCAGAGAAUCCACACAGGAGAGAAACCCUACAACUGCCCCGACUGCGGGAAAAGCUUCAGUCACAGCCAUCACCUUACUGACCAUCGGGGAAUCCACACAGGAGAGAGACCCUAUACCUGCCCUGACUGUGGGGAAAGCUUCAAAAGUAAAUCUGGUUUCAAAGUCCAUUGGAGAAGGCACACGGGAGAGUGCCCCUAUCAAUGUUCCGUCUGUGGGGAAAGGCUGCAGAAUAAUGUCACUGUUUUGAUCCAGAUUGUCCCAUCCUCCAGGGGACAGGGAAAAGAAACGUCUGCAAUGGAACCGGCUCAGGGCCUGGUGGCCUUUGAGGAGGUGGCUGUGUACUUCACCGAGGAGGAGUGGGCUCUGCUGGAUCCCUGUCAGAGAGCCCUCCACAGGGACGUCAUGCAGAAGAAUUAUGAAACUGUGACCUUGCAGGUUCCUUGCCAUGGAACCGACUUCGCAACACCCAAACCUGACGUCAUCUCCUGGCUGGAACAGGGCGAAGAGCUGCGGAUCCCCAAUCGUGAGGUUGUCGAGGGAAAGGAGCUCCUGAGAAGUAGCCAUGCAGGAUUUCCAAUUCUAAAACCCAACAUGAUCUCCCAGAUGGAACAGGGUGAAGAGCUGUGGACCCCAGAUCACCAGGGCUCUGAGGAAAGGCAGAUCCUGAGAAACAUCCGCACAGCAGGUGAUGGGACGGUGAGUGAGAACAAGGAGGAGAAUCCACAGCUGGAAAGUCCUGAGCAAGUGGAACUGCGUGGGACUGUAUCGGGAAGAUCUGAAGGGAACAUUUCCCAGAAUCCUGAGCAGGAAGAUGCCCGGGAGAGUCAGCACAGGCCAGAGAUGCAGCAAGGAAACCACCCAGGGAAGAGACAGGUUAUAUCCACUUACCGAGGGGGAGGUUUCAAAAAUCAUAAGGAAACUGUGAUCCAGCCAACAUUAUGCACUAAAGAAAAGCCGCACAAACGUGUAAAGUGCGGGAAAGGCUUCAAGCGGAGAUCAACCCUUAUUGUACAUCAAAGUGUCCACACAGAAGAGAGACCCUAUAACUGCCCCGAGUGUGGGAAAAGCUACAAGGUGAAGGUCUCGCUGAUGUCCCACCAGAAACUCCAUACAGGAUAGAAGGUUUCGGGAGCUCUUACUGUGUGGCAAUGGGUCUGUGCCCUCCUGAAGCAAAGUAUAAAUGUGCUUCCUUUGAGGAUGGUCUGGGUAGGUACAGCUGGCGGGUGCAUGGUUGUGGUUUCUAUGGGGGGUGGUUGGUGGAGCCUGGAGGAGAAGGAAAUGCUGGGCACUGGGGAGAUGAGUCGUUUCAGGGUCUGAGGGGAGCAAGUGGUGGGAUCAGUGGGGAGACGUUUCUGUGGGUUCCACACACACUUUCCAGUGUAGGGGAAAGGUAAAAAUGCCCCAUUGUAGUUCGUGCCUGAGUUGUCUCUGCAGCUCCUAAGGCCCCUCGAGGGGAGCAGCAAGGGGCCCUGUGGGUCCCUGGUAUAUGAAAUCUUUCUCUGGAUGUUUGAAGAAGAGAAAGGAGCAGUUAGGUGCAGCAUGAAAGGUGGGUGAUGGCGCCUUAUGAAAAGGUCAGUCUAUUUCUCAUGAUUCUGCUCUUCAUGUGAUAAGUGCCUCCUGUGUUUUACACAACAACUAGGGAGAGCCAGGGAGAAAUCCUGGAGGACGGGUGGGAGCAGGAGUUGGAGGGACCUUAUGAAUGAUAUGGCUGUUCGGAGACAGUGCCUCUGCCCAGUAUCCCAACUGCUCAAGGAAACAGGGCUAAGGAUGCAUUGUGCUCCUCCUUUGAGACUAGAGGAUAGCUCUGCAUAAUGAAUGUUCUAUAACCAAGGAAAUAUGUUUGUGUUUGUUAGGAGUUGACAGUAUGGGGGAUGGAUGUUGUACCAUUCAUGGGUUGAGCUGUAGUUCAAUGGGUGUUUGGGGGGCUGUGGUUUUUUCAAGUGUGUCUAGGGGUACUGUAGGGUGGGUGUUUGGGAGGGUAUGCUGGGGUCAGAUGGGUAGGGGGCAGGUUAAUAAUUGCAUGUGCACCUAAGUUCCCUCUAAAGUGCACGACUGCUCAGCAGGCUAUCAAGGGCCGCACAGGUGCAUAGCCACAGGGGCCUGGACUGGAGAGGCACCUCUCCCCUGGCCCCAGCCCCAGAGUUGCCACGGCGGGAAGAGGCGCCUCUCCCCUGGCCCUGGACUGCUUCAGCAAGAGAGGGCUGUGGGGAGUUCUCUCUCACCACUGCAGCCCUGGGGCAGCUUGCACCCCAAACCCCUCAUUCCCAGCCCCACCUCAGAGCCCUCACCCCCAGCUGGAGCCCUCACCCCCACCCUCCGCCCAGCCCUGAGCCCCCUCCCGCACCCCAAACCCCUUGGUCCCACCCCCAUCACACAUCACCUCCAUAUUGGUGCACAUAACAAAAUUCACGCACAUGGAUGUAAAAAAUUAGAGGGAACAUUGAUGUGCACCCCUACAGCCGUUCCUUGUGCACUGUUCCUGUCAAAAUAGAACACUGUCUUUGCCUUAAGUUCUCUUGUAUGACACCCAAAGAUCAACACCAAAGUACCCUGCAAAAUUAUAUAGCAUUCUGCAAUAAGAGUUCUACUGCCAAAUGCCUCAGGGUGCUUUGAAAUCUCUGUGCAUUGGAUUGGGUUACCUAGGGAGGUGGUGGAAUCUCCUUCGUUAGAGGUUUUCAAGGUCAGGCUUGGCAAAGCCCUGGCUGGGAUGAUUUAGCUGGGGAUUGGUCCUGCUUUGAGCAGGGGGUUGGACUAGAUGACCUCCUAGGGUCCCUUCCAACCCUGUUAUUCUAUGAUUCUAUGAAAUGUCUCUGAAACCUGAUUUGGCCGUUUAUCUCAUGAAAUCUCAACUUCAGUGAAAGCUGAGAGCAUUAAUGAAGCUGUGAGCCAAUGUACCUUUUCUAUUGAUUGUUUUCUCUUCCGGCAUCUGCAGUUAGAGUAAAAAUGCUGGCCCU